GUCGCUCCCUCCGUGUUGAGGCCCGCCCGCGGGGCCGGCCGCCUGUCAGAGGGAGGUGGCAAUGGUGCGCUCGGUGGCGGCAGAGGCGACGGAGGCUUCCUUGGUCGGACGGCAGGGAGAAGAUGACUGACCGACUGACUGGAUGAAUGAAUGAAUGGCGGAGCCGAGCGCGCCAUGAGGAGACUGCCGAGCCUGGGCGGCCUCGCCCUGUUGUGCUGCGCGGCCGCCGCAGCCGCUUCCACAGCCUCGGCGGGGAAUGUCACCGGUGGCGGAGGGGCCGAGGGGCAAGUGGUCGCGUCGCCCAGCCCGGGGCUGCGGGACGAAGCCAGCCACCCCUUCCCUAAGGCCGCGGCUCCCACGGCGCAGGCCCCGCGGACCGGCCCCCCGCGCACCACAACCCACAGAACCGGGGCUGCGACCCGGCCAACCGGCUCCCCGGAGACCACCCUUCUCCGAACCACCGCACGACCCGCAGCCACCCUCUUCCUGGUCCUCAGCCCCUCGCCUUCCACCCUUUCGGAGGAGGGACGCACCCCCGCCACUACCGAAUCAUCGCCCUCCAGACCCGCGCCCACCUCUCUGGCGAGCACAGCUGGCCAGACGCCGACCAUCACCUCUGUAGUCACCACCGUUGGGGCUGCCAGCAUUCCCGGGACCCCAACCGACGAGUCCCAGGACAGUAAACGUAGCAACAGCAGCAGCGUCCCGCCCACCGCACCUGCCACCGAAGCCCCUGCUCCUCCUACCCCAGAGUAUAUAUGUAACUGUUCUGAGAUUGGAAGCUUGGAUGUGAAGCACUGCAACCAAACCACAGGGCAGUGUGAUUGUCAUCUGGGUUAUCAGGGUCUUCACUGUGAUACUUGCAAAGAGGGCUUUUACCUGAAUCACACUCUUGGUCUCUGCCUGCCGUGUCACUGCAGUCCAUAUGGAGCCCUUAGCAUCCUCUGUAACAGUUCUGGGAAUUGCCAAUGCAGAGUGGGUGUCACUGGCUCCACGUGCGACCGAUGCCAAGAUGGACAUUACGGCUUUAGUAAGACAGGAUGCUUGCCCUGCCAGUGCAGCAACCGGUCUGAUCGCUGUGAUGUUUUCACAGGUGCUUGUUUAAACUGCCAGGAAAAUAGCAAAGGGGAUCACUGUGAAGAAUGCAAAGAAGGAUUUUAUCAGAGUCCUGAUGCUACUAAGGAAUGCCUUCGCUGUCCUUGUUCAGAAGUGACUUCUACAGGCAAUUGCACCAUAGAAUCUGGUGAAUUGGAGCCUACAUGUGUCCAGUGUAAAGAUGGCUACACAGGCAAGAACUGCAAUAAAUGUGACAAUGGCUAUUACAAUUCUGACAGUAUCUGCACACGGUGUGAGUGUCAUGGCCAUGUGGACCCAAUUAAAACUCCAAAGGUUUGCAAGCCUGAGAGUGGUGAGUGUAUCAACUGCCUUCAUAACACCACUGGAUUCUGGUGCGAGAACUGCCUAGAAGGCUAUAUUCGAGACCUUCAGAGAAACUGCAUCAAGCAAGAAGUUAUUGUUCCAACUCCUGAAGGUUCUACCAUUUUGGUUUCCAAUGCCUCUUUGACCACAUCAGUGCCCACCCCUGUUAUAAAUAGUACAUUUGCCCCCACAACCUUGCAGACUAUCUUUUCAGUAAGCUCUUCUGAAAACAGCACCUCAGCUCUCGCUGAUGUAUCAUGGACCCAGUUUAACAUCAUCAUUUUGACAGUCAUCAUCAUUGUGGUAGUGCUCCUAAUGGGAUUUGUAGGAGCUGUGUACAUGUACCGAGAGUACCAAAACAGGAAACUCAAUGCUCCCUUUUGGACCAUCGAGCUAAAAGAAGACAAUAUCAGUUUCAGCAGCUACCAUGACAGCAUCCCCAAUGCAGAUGUGUCAGGAUUGUUGGAGGAUGAUGGCAAUGAAGUGGCUCCCAAUGGACAGCUGACCCUGACAACGCCCAUUCAUAACUACAAAGCCUGAGGAGCUGAGCUGUUCUCCUGGAUUGUCAAAACAUGAUGCCCACUAAAAUGGUAUCUGCCCUCUGCCUACACAGAGCCUGGGUAGAAUUUGCCGAGAAAGAUAUCAUGCAAAUGAACUGUUCAGGUACAAACUGUAGUGUCCUUACCUGUCUGUUACUCUGAAUUCCCCAUGAAGAUCUGAAACACUCAUCAUCAUUGAGGACUUGAAGUAAAGUAUAUUUUUGUAGCAAACUACAUGUGUUUAUGGAAAGGCUGAAUUCCACAGAGCAACCCAAGUCCAUCUGGCCUCUCAAAGGAAUUCUGGGAAAGUGUUCACCUCACCAGCCAUGAUAGAAUGUUGACUUGGAGGGGAAAGCGUCAUGGAAGACUUCAUCCAUUCAUUUUGGAAACAUAUUUUUUAAGGAGAGGCAGGGAUUAUGUUCAUUUUAUUGUACUAAGAGAUAUAACUUAGGAAAAGCUGGUAUCUAGGCUAUACACAGUUUUUAAAAAAAAAUCUUGGUUGUGUGUAGACUAAGGGCAUAAAAACCC